GGCAGGAACCUGAACAGGUGGCUCCUGUGAUGUCUUAAGGCGCGGGGACCCUCAACAGCUUGUCUCCCUCGCUAAUCUGUCCUCUGACGACAGCGCUUUUCUACGCCAUAUGUGCGUAAAACCCGCAGCGCAGCAGCUUCGGGAUCAGUGGAUCUGAUCAGUCAUCGGGAUUUUACUCAUCACUCGGUGAAGCUGGACUUCAGGAGAGCUCGUCCUGGUUUUGAGGCUGGACUGACAGAGUUGGAUAAAAUGAGUCUCCAUUGGAUUUUAUAAGAAUCUCUCCUCUGGGCUCGGAUCAUUGAUAACAGCAUGUUGCCAGAAAUUAACAACAAGACGUCACGACCGGAGGCUUUCCCUCACCCCCACAGACUCCCAGCAGAGGGAAACCGGCUCGGAACAAACCGCCCCUGCUCACAGAAGUUCGGCCCUGGUGUAGGGACGUUGCCCCAGCUUGAGCCACCGGUGGUCCAGGUGGUGGUCAGCAAUGCCAAAAACCAGCACCAGCAGUCGGACAACAUCUUGCCACAAAUCGCCAACAAAGGGGGUCAAAACAACUUUCAGACGCACACAGACGAGAGGCCGAAGCCCGCCCAGCAGUUCAGCAUGCGGUUCGGUGGAGUCAUGGAUAAAGUGUCCGUCUCUCGCAACAGCAAGAUUUUCAGCAACAAGCUGGAGAAAGAGAAGGAAUAUGAGGGACAGAGAUUACCCAUGUCGCCCAUAGAGGCACUGAAGAACUUCCAGGAGCGGCUGACGGGGUUUGAGCAGGAGGAAAUCAUAGACUACAGCGAGAUCUGGUUCCUGGGUCUGGGCUCUCAGAAGAUCGAGGGUUCCCAAGGAGCGCUGCAAAACUCUGGAUAUGAUGACGAGCAUGGAAGCUACAUCAGGGUGCUGCACGACCACAUCGCCUAUAGGUUUGAGGUGCUUGAAGUGAUUGGGAAAGGCUCCUUCGGGCAGGUCCUGAAAUGUCUGGACCACAAAACCAAUGAACUCGUUGCCAUCAAGAUGAUUCGCAAUAAGAAAAGGUUUCACCACCAAGCCCUGGUCGAGCUGAAGAUCCUGGAUGUGAUCAAGCGGAAAGACAAGGACAACCUCCACAACGUCAUCCACAUGAAAGAGUACUUUUACUUCCGAAACCACCUCUGCAUCUCCUUUGAGCUCCUCGGGGUGAACUUGUAUGAGCUCAUCAAAAAAAACAACUUCCAGGGCUUCAGUCUCGCCCUCAUCCGCCGCUUUGCCCACGCUCUGCUCAGGUGCCUGCAGAUGCUGCACCGGGAGAAGAUUAUCCACUGUGACCUCAAACCGGAGAACAUUCUUCUUUCUCAGAGAGGACCAGGCAACAUCAAGGUGGUGGACUUUGGCUCAAGCUGUUAUGAACAACAGAGAGUGUACACCUACAUCCAGAGCCGCUUCUACCGCUCCCCAGAGGUGAUCCUGGGUCACCCGUACAGCAUGGCCAUCGACAUGUGGAGUCUGGGCUGCAUCCUCGCUGAGCUCUACACAGGCUAUCCUCUCUUUCCUGGAGAGAGCGAGGUGGAGCAGAUAGCCUGCAUAAUGGAGGUACUCGGGAUGCCUCCAAAUGAUUUUGUUCAGUCGGCGUCCAGGAGGAGGUUGUUCUUCGAUUCCAAAGGAAACCCGAGGAACAUCACUAACAGCAAGGGGAAGAAGCGGAGGCCGAACUCCAAGGAGCUGUCAGCUGCUUUGAAAACCAAUGAUGCUUUAUUCCUAGACUUCAUCAAACGCUGCCUCACUUGGGAUCCGACCAAGCGAAUGAGUCCUGACGAGGGUUUGCAGCACGAGUGGAUCCUGGAGGGGAACUUCAACAGAGUGCGGCCAAGAACCAGGCCUGUGGUGAAGAAGACCUCAGACAGUUCGACCAGCACAGGCAGACAAACUAACUGCAAGCCUGCGGAGAAGGUCAGCUCAGAGAGCAGCACUUACGACAAGCUGAAGAGAGACGACUCAGAAACAGGAGCAAACACGGCACCUGCCGAGCGUCUGCGGCCCAUCGGGGCCUCGGCGGGGGAGGAGGUGUGCGAAGGCGAUGGGAAGCUCUCCACGGACACCAAGCAGCAAGGAGGUGGUGAAAGGCCUGUUCACAUCAUCAUCAAACCACAGGAGGAAGUGGGCACAGAGAGAAAGGACAGCCAGGAACCGUCUCAGUGUUUGCCACCUAUCAUGUAACAGUCUGAGGGAAAUGUGCUGCGUUCAUGACAAGUGGGAACUGGGGACAUUCACACUUGUCCCACUUCUCACCUGAGUGACUGAGAUGUGGUAGUAAAUGGACAGCUGAGAGAAAGUUGCAGUUGUCUGACCCUGCACACACAAAGAAUUUUAAAGAUCCUCCACGUCGUCGUUUGCUAUGAAAAUAUGUCGCUGCUGCAUCUUCAUGAUGUCGAAAAGCCACAUGUGAGAGUUGUGUGACAGUGAAGACAUCAGUGUCCUUGCUGAGUUGAGAUCGAUUUGCUAAAUAUCUUCAUCGUUGUCUCUGCUUUAACUGUCUCCUUAUUAUUUAUUGAAUUCAAUCUUUGCUGUGCAUUGACAUCUCUUUUUGUAGAGAGCUCACACCUCCACCAACAGUCAAUUCAAUUGAGCUGCACCAAAUUUCACACACCAAUCGAUUUCAGUCUCUUUAUUUUGGCGUAUUUUCUUCAUCCAGAGCCCUGAAUUAUUCCUUGGGAAAUGGGUGAAAAUGUCAAAAAACAUCCAAUGCAAAGCAACAGAAAUAUUCCUGGAUCACAUCCUUCCACCAAGUUUUAUUAAAGUCCACCCAGUAGUUUUUGCGUUACCUUGCUGACAAACAAACAAACAAAAAGUGCAAAUCUGUUUUAGAUUUUUUUUUCUCUUUGCAUUUAAACAUUUUAGCUUCACUUCAAAAACAACACUUUCAUGAGGGUAAAAGAUUUGAAGAAUUGUGUGCAAUAAAGGCUGAGCCAAAAAAAUGAAUUCUUUUUUUUUUAUCAUGUUGACAAAGAAAUAAUUUUCAUGUACUUUGUAAUUGUAGAUUGCAGUUGAUUACCCAGUGAUUAUUAAUUGUUUUAUUUAUUUAUUAUCAAAUUUGUUCGAUCCUAUGUUUGAUAUUUGUGCAACAAUUUAAUUGAAAGUCAUAAAGUAUGUAUUUGUAAUAGAUUCUGUUGUACAUAUUUCUGUUCUUUCUUAUGUAUGCAUAAUACAGGACUUAUUUAAGAAAAUAUUUAAGAUAUUUGUCGAGGGUUUAGACAAGGUUUUACUUGUUGUGUUGUUACUGUAUGGAAACAUUUUGACCGUGUUACUCAUGAUAUUUUUUAUAUUAGAAACAAAAAGACAAUCCUAUCGAUAGUUUGUGCCUUGCAGUAUUAGUAAUCUUGCACUUUAUAUUGUGUGUGAGAACACCUGGAUUAGAAACAGCUGGAUUCUUACCUGUCAUACAUGUAGACAGAGUUCACACAGCGUUUGUCAGGAUCCCUUUUAUUUGAAGAAAAUCUCUGCUCAUGUUACAGGACAUUAACCUUCUUUAUACAACUGUUUCAUGUCUUUAUUCGCCAACAGAUAUCAAAGUUAAAUUGAAGAUAGACCCGUGCCCUCAUUAUUGAUUAGCUAAGCAACCAGAGAUCCAGAGAGGAAGGACUGGAGCUGGAAAGAAGU